AUGCGCACCAGCCACAGCCCGAUCUCCUCUCCGCCCUCCCUUUCGCCUGCCUGGCUCCGCCUACCACCGCCCUUUUCCCCCUCCCUCACCCUUCAUCCGGCUGGCCUUCGGUCUGAUUGGGAAUGUAUUCAAGGCAGCAUUAGGCAAAGGGCCUCGCGGCAUCGUCAGGCGAAGCUGACGUGGACUGAUGACAGCAGCCGCCGGCUCCGCGUGGCCGCUCAGGCCGCGAAGGACGGGGGCUCGGAGCUGGCAGUGGGGGACUUGGAGGCGGAAGCGGAAGUCAUUGAAGCGCAGAUUAAGGCUCUGCGGGAGGAGAACGCGAAGCUGCGCGAGCAGAUGAUCUUCACGCAGGAGGGGCCCAAAGUGGUGCCGCCGCCGGGCGAGGGCAAGAAGAUCUUUGAGACCGACGAGUACCUCAACGCACACCGCAUCCACCUCGAGUACCGCUUCGGGCAGUACAAGAAGCUGCGGUGGGAGAUCGACCAGCACGAGGGCGGGCUGGAGAAGUUCUCCCGCGGCUACGAGAAGUUCGGCUUCAACCGAGACGAGUUCGGCGUGUGGGAGCUCUUCCUGCCCGACAACCCCGAUGGCACCCCCGCCAUUCCCCACGGCUCCCGCGUCAAGAUCCACAUGGACACGCCGUCGGGGUGGAAGGACGCGAUUCCGGCGUGGAUCAAGUUCGCCGUGCAGGCGCCGGGCGAGAUCCCCUACAACGGCAUCUACUACGACCCGCCUCCGCAGGAGCGCCACGUGUGGAAGAAUGCGCGCCCCAAGCGACCCAGAGCGCUGCGCAUCUACGAGGCGCACGUGGGCAUGAGCAGCACUGAGCCGCGAGUGAGCACGUACGCGGAGUUCCGCGACAACGUGUUGCCGCGCGUGCGCGAUCUGGGGUACAACGCCAUCCAGCUCAUGGCCAUCCAGGAACACGCCUACUACGGCUCCUUCGGGUACCACGUGACCAACUUCUUCGCGGUGAGCAGCCGGUGCGGCACGCCCGACGAGCUGAAGAGCCUCAUUGACGCGGCGCACGGCAUGGGCAUCGUCGUGCUCAUGGACUGCGUGCACAGCCACGCGUCGAACAACGUGUUGGACGGGCUGAACAUGUUUGACGGCACGGACGGGCAGUACUUCCACUCGGGCGAGCGCGGGUACCACUGGAUGUGGGACUCGCGCCUCUUCAACUACGGCCACUGGGAGGUCGUGCGCUUCCUGCUCUCCAACCUGCGCUGGUGGCUCGAAGAGUACAAGUUCGACGGGUUCCGAUUCGAUGGCGUCACCUCCAUGAUGUACACGCACCACGGCCUGCAGAUGGCGUUCACGGGCAACUACGAGGAGUACUUUGGGUUCGCCACGGACGUGGAGGCCAUGGCAUACCUGAUGACGGCCAACGACAUGAUGCACGGGCUCUACCCCGACUGCGUCACCAUCGCCGAGGACGUCAGCGGCAUGCCCACGCUGUGCCAGCCCGUCGCGUGGGGCGGCGUGGGCUUUGACUACCGCCUGCAGAUGGCCAUCGCUGACAAGUGGAUCGAGCUGCUCUCCGAGCAGUCAGACGAGCAGUGGCAGAUGGGGGACAUAGUGCACACGCUGACCAACCGGCGGUGGAUGGAGAAGUCGAUCGCGUAUGCGGAGAGCCACGACCAGGCGCUGGUGGGCGACAAGACCAUUGCGUUCUGGCUCAUGGACAAGGACAUGUACGACUUCAUGGCCCUCGAUGGGCCCUCCACGCCGCGCGUGGACCGCGGCAUUGCGCUGCACAAGAUGAUUCGGCUGCUCACCAUGGCGCUGGGCGGCGAGGGCUACCUCAACUUCAUGGGCAACGAGUUCGGCCACCCCGAGUGGAUUGACUUCCCGCGGUGGGACUUCACGACCCCGGCGGGCAAGUUUAUCCCGGGCAACGGCGGCAGCUACCACCUGUGCCGGCGGCGCUUUGACCUGGCGGACGCGGCGUACCUGCGGUACAAGGGGCUCAACGACUUCGACCAGGCCAUGCAGCAGCUCGAGGAGAAGUACAAGUUCAUAUCAUCGGAGCACCAGUACGUGUCGCGCAAGGACGAGGGCGACAAGCUGAUCGUGUUUGAGCGUGGUGACCUCGUGUUUGUGUUCAACCUGCACUGGAGCAACUCCUACACCGACUACCGCAUCGGCUGCAACAAACCCGGCAAGUACAAGGUGGUGCUGGACUCGGAUGAGGGGCGCUUUGGGGGCUACAACCGCAUCGACCACAACGCCGCCUUCUACUCCAAUGAGGGGUGGCAUGACGGGCGGCCGCACUCGUUCCAGGUGUAUGCGCCGUCGCGCACGGCGGUGGUGUACGGGCCGGCAGACUACGAGGACCCUCUCAUUGAGUACUGCGAGGAGAACCCUGACACUGAUGAGUGCCGCACCUACGACGAGUGA